AUGACGCGCAACGCGUUUGAAGAGUUGAGGGUUCAGUUGCGAACCUUAAGAUGGCUUGGAGUCCUGCGGUUCACUAUCGACUUUAAUAAGUGCUUAGUACGGGAAAACGCUUCUGAGGAGCGCAGUGCCUCUCUGUAUUUGAUAGGUGUAGUGGGAAUUACGUGCAGCUUGAUCAUCUACAGCACUUACUAUCCCAGUCACUUUAUAAUGGGAAAACACAACAGCACGGGCAACUGCUAUGCCCUAAUCAACAUCAGGUCCUGUUCCGUGGUAACAAUGCUGAUUUACAUACAGCUCUAUAUACAACGUUUUCGAUUCGUCACCCUCUUACAGUCCAUUCUACGUUUUAACCACAUCUCUGGGAGUCACAGAAAAGAAGAAACAUUUGCUUUUUAUUAUUAUACACAUUUAUCCUUACUAAUCAUUUGUAUGCUGAACUAUGCUUAUGGCUACUGGACAGCAGGUGUUCGCUUGACCACAAUUACCAUUUAUCUGCUUCAGUACGGGUUUUCGUACCUCUUCCUCGGACAGGUGCUGGUCCUGUUUGCCUGCAUUCAACAAAUAUUACUUUCGAUUUUAAAGUACUAUAACCAAGUAGUUCUUAUAAAUUUUAAAUCAUGCAAGGAGAGUCGCGAAUUAUAUUACAACUUUUGCAAAUACAACCAAGUAAUAUGGCUAAGCUAUAUCGAGAUCAAUCAUUGUUUCGGUUUGUUACUAUUACUCGUAACCGGAUUAAUUCUGCUAAUCACCCCUUUUGGGCCGUUCUAUUUGGUAUCUACCAUAUUUGAAGGACGAUUUCGUCAGAAUUGGCAGUUUACCUUAAUGUCGUUAACUGCCAUACUUUGGAGCCUGCCAUGGAUAGUUUUGCUGGUUUUUUCAAUGGGCAGGAAUGAUGUACAGAAGGAGGUUGGUAAAUGUGUGUAA